CGAAAGCCUCUGGUAAAAAUAUCAUCUCCGGCCGAACGAGGGUAGUGGAGGAGGGAAAGGCCCCGCCGGCUGGCACUAGGGUUUCUCUUCGAGCUGGACGAAGGAUGUAAAUGCUUUCUUCAUUCAAGGUACACAGAAAGCCGUCUCUCCACUUGGUUCCUUCUGCUUUCAACCUCAGUUUCUGCAAGAAGCCCAUCGAUAGAUUAUCAAAAACCGAAGGAAAGGAUGCCCUCAAUGGCCUCCCCGAGUCGAAAUUCGACCCGUUCGAUCACUUUUCUGCGGCGGAGCUACAGCCCAAGAACAUGGAAUCGAUCCUCUAUCGUCUUCGAUCGGAACCCAUUUCGGCGCUUCGGUUUUUCGAGUGGUCCGAGCGACAUUUCGGCCAUUCCAGUCAUACUACUUCUUCCUACUGCAGCAUCAUCCACAUCUUGCUCCGCCGGGGUUUGCUGGAGCCAGCCGGCCGGAUUGUUGACAGGAUGAUUCAGUGCGGGAAAGAAGAUUGCGAUAUUUUCGACGCCCUGAGCUCGGGGUUUGGGGAAUAUGGUUCGAAUCCUGGAGCUGUGUAUGGCUUCCUUGCUGCCUGUUAUGCUCAUCUGGGGAUGCUUGAUGAGACUGUGUCGAUCGUGGGACGAAUGCAGGAAGUGGGGAUUUGCCCUCCGGACGAUACCUUGAAAAUGGUGGCUGCCUUAGCGGUGGACAACGAUAGAGUUGGUCUAAUAUGGAAGCUCUCUAGCCACCAAUCUAUCUUUGAGGUCGUGAUCGAUAAAUUACUCAGGAAAGGUGAUGUCAAGAAGGCGAGGGAAUUGAUUGAUGAGAUGGAGAAGAGGGGAUGUAAAUUGAACAUGACAGCAGAUAAUGCACUGAUUGAAGGUCGUCUGAAGUAUAGUCAAGUAGGUGAUGUGAAGAAGCGUGUGUCAUUGGCGAGCAACAGAAAGGGAACCAAACACAAUUUGGAAACUCUGAGUGCUGUGGUUCCUGUAUUGUAUCGGUCUGGACAGGCAAGUGAAGCAGGAAAUCUGAUUGGGGAAGUGCUAAGGGAGAUGGUGAAUGUGAGUUCCGAAGAGUAUUGUCGUAUAAUUGAUCGGCUUUGCAAGGAAGGUUGCUUGUCUGGGGCACUUGACAUUCAUAAGAAGUUGUUUGAAAGAUUUAGAGCCCCUGAUAUCAUAGCCUGCAACAAGAUGUUGGGUAGACUGUGCAAUAGAAACGACAUUGGAGCAGCACAUAGGUUCUUUCUUGCUUUUGCAGAAGGCGGGCCUCUUCCAUCGGUUGUUACAUAUAGCAUUGUGAUCAGAGCUUAUUGUGAGGCUGGAAAGUUGGAAGAAGCUCUUGAGCUGUAUAAUGUAAUGCUGCAAAGCAAUGUUGCUCCGGAUUUGGUUGUUUAUAGCAUACUUCUUAAUGGUUUGUGCAAGCUAGGCAGGGUGAGAGAUGGAUGUGUGCUUGUUGGUGUUGCUCUGGUAAAAGGGCUUAAACCGGAUGUGGUAAUGUACAGUUCUGUUAUAGAUGGCUUUGUUAAGAUCGGCAAUGUAGAGAAAGCUUUUGAGUUUUAUAUACAAACGUUGAAGGUAGGAAUUGUACCUAAUAUAGUUACGUAUAGUACAUUGAUUGAUGGGCUGUGUGAAAAGGGUAGAAUCCUUGAAGCAUUUGGAUUCUUUUGUAGGAUUAUUAAGAUUGGGUUGGAGCCUUCUAUCCUGACUUACAGCAGUCUAAUUGAGGGAUUAUGUAACACUAGGAACAUAAAUGAGGCCCUUGAAAUGUAUCAGCAUAUGGUGCUAGAAGGUCAUAACCCUGAUUCUGUUGUUGUUGGCAUACUGAUAAAUGGAUUAAGCAACGAAGGGUUAAUGAAAGAUGCAGUUCGGUUUUUUCUGAAGGCAAUGGAUGCCGGUAUUGAACCGAAUAUUGUUAUGUUUAAUACGCUAAUGGAAGGAUUUUGCAGAGUAGGAAAAUCUGAGGAUGCAUUAAAGAUAUUUAAGCAAAUUCAGUCCAACAAUUUAUUCCCAGAUGUUAUUACCUACACGAUGAUUAUGAAGGCCAUAGCAGACAAGAAAGAGUUAAAGCUGGCCUUAAAUAUUUUCUUUCAGAUGAUAAAGAGAGGCUUCUUUCCUGAUGCUGUAUCCUACUGUGCUCUCAUAGAUGGCUUCUGUAAGCAGAAGAAAAUAGCAGAUGGCUACAAGGUUUUUGACAUGAUGAUGAGAGCUGGCCUUUUGCCGGAUACAGCGACCUAUAAUGUCCUCCUCAAUGGCCUGUUCAAGGAGGGGCGUUUGGAAGAGGUGUCGCAUCUCUUUCAUCAGUUGAACAAACGGGGAGCAAAGGUUGACGUGAUAACAUACAACACCAUGAUCAAUGGCUACUGUUGUGCAAACAAAAUUGAUGAAGCACUGAAGUUCUAUGAAGAAAUGAAGACGAAGAGGAUGGAGCCUAGCAUUGUGACGUUAACCAUUCUAGCAGACGCAUUCUGUAAACGUAGGAAGAUGGAUGAAGCAUUACAAAUAUUGAAUGGUAUGCUAGAAAAAGGCCCUCUACCAAACGUUGUGACAUAUAGUUGCCUGAUUGAUGGAUACUGCAAAGCUCAGGAUAUUCAGAGCGCAUAUGAUCUUUAUGAUCAGAUGGUGGAGGGCACUGUUUCCCCGAAUAUCAUUACCUACAGUUCUCUAGUUCAUGGUUUCUGCCAGGAAGGUCGAUUAGAAGAAGCAUCACUAGUUUUCCAGUGUGCUUUAGAGAAGGGUCUGAUGCCAGAUGCAGUUGCUUAUGGUAUUCUGUUGCAUGCUUAUUGCAAAGCGGGGAAAUUAUCUGAAGCCUUGAUGCUUUAUCAUAGGAUGGUGGACAGUGGAGUUACACCUGAUAGCUUCAUUCGCAGCAUCCUUGCUGAGUAUAUUGGAGCAUAGGUGUAAACGACGUGCUGGGUGCUGUAAAAGGUUUUAAUGUAAUCCAGCGACUUCCACUUUCAAAACUGUAAAAUCGUGUAGAUUUGCUAUUUCCUUGUGUAAAUUCAAGAACAAGAUGUGAG